UGUUUUCAUUGAUUACAACAAUUGCAAUACCAGUGUAACACCCUGCUCUACGUUCUGCUCAUUCGUAUACAAAAUCUCUACACCGCAUUGCAAACAACAAUAGGCACAAACUCUAGCGUAUAUGGCAUCCACAUCAGCGUCCGCACUUGUGCAGGAGCUAGACGACGUACCCGACGUGCUCACAUGGCUCAACGACACACUUACACCGCAGGACAACCAUGUUCCGCUAGCUACUCUCGAGUCGCUGCUGGCAGACCUGCUGACAGCCACAGACCUUUCAGCAGUAACAACUUCCGCUGCACUCGAGCGCACAAUCGACGAGGUGUCGCGCAGCGCUCCCCGUCUCACCUAUGACCUGCAUUUCAUGCGCGAUGGUGCCCUUUCCCUACAUUCUGCUCUCGAUACCGUCACCGCCCGCAUUCCAGCUGGAACGGGGACUUCUGCUGCUCUCGACAAGUUGCAGACUCUUGACACUGCAAAACGACGGAUGGAGGCCGUAAGGGAUGUGCUGCGUGAGGCAGAGUCGUGGUCCAGCUUAGAGGCCGAGGUUACUGCAUUGUUGGCGGAGCGUGCAUAUGACAAGGCUGCUGAGAGAUUGAGCGAGGCUAGCAGGAGUAUGCCUGUGUUUGCUGGAACCCCGGAAUACGAGCCCCGCCGUGCGCUGAUGGUGUCCCUCCAAAACCAACUCGAGGCUGCUCUCAGUUCUGCGUUGGUUGGCGCGAUCAACUCGGGCGAUACGGCGCUUUGCAGGAGUUUUUACGGCAUAUUUGCUAACAUACAGAGGGAGAGCGAGUUCAGGAACUAUUACUUUGGCUCUCGGAGAGCAGGGUUGGUUGCGUCGUGGCAGAGCGAAGUUCUGGAAGACACGGAACCGUUAGUGCCUGCGGUGCCGAAGCAGACGUUCAGUGCCUUCUGGGCAAGUUUUUGCGCGAAUUUCCUGCUUGUGGUCAAUGCGGAGCGCACGUCUAUUCCUGCCAUCUUUCCUGAUCCUCAAAUCACGCUCUCGACGUUCAUCACUUCCACUCUGUCCACCUUGCAGCCUUCGUGUCCGCAACGCCUUGCGUCCCUUUUCAACACCGCCGGUUCAUCUGCUCUCAAGGAUGUCAUAUCCAUUUACAAAACGACAGAGGAGUUCGCGGCAAGCACAGACAAGAUCAUGGAGAAAAUACAGUUCUCCGUUAUCCCUACAGACAAUCCUUCGGAUGGCCCUUUGCCUCCGAAGCACACACGCCGCCGCUCCAUGCGUAUGUCCAUGUCCUGGCGCUCGAAUUCAGCCACGAACUUCUCACGAGCGCAGCAGUCCACGCUCAAUGAUGCGCUUGACUGGGACCAAACACUCUUUCAGGCGUUUCUAGAUUUCCAGGUUGAGUAUGGCACACUGGAGCGGCGCCUCCUCUCUGAUGAGCUAUAUUUUGCCUCCACACUCACUCCUAACAAAAAUCCAAACGCGGACCGCGCCCGUCUUCUUCGCGAGUGCGCGGUUGAUGUGUUUAGUGUCGCAGAGGAAAGCCUCGUACGCUGCAUGGCAUUCACGUAUGGAUAUGCUGCUCCAGGACUCGUCUCCGCGUUGGACUUGUCUCUCUCGUCCUUGGUUGACUCUUGGACCCAAUCCCUGACUGCAAAUCUUUCUGCUCCUUCAAGUGCCCCGGCGGAAUCUGAAGAUGAUCUCGCAGAUCUGGAUUAUUCCCCGCAGGACUGGAGCAACAUCCAACUCGUUUUACAUCUCCUCGCGUCAACACGGGCCGUGCUUGACCGACUUGCGACCUUUGAAAGCAAGCUGCGAGCUGCACUCGUACAGAUAGCUACGGCGUUCCGACUGGCACAGCACGAAGGCGGGUUGUAUACGCCUGGCGCAACCAAAGGUGCUGGUUUGCUCCUGGCGCAGUCCCCCCUGAAUAGUGCAGCUUUGCAUGCUCUCUUAUCCUCUGCGGAAUCUCAGCCCCCCGUACCACUGCUCACCACAACACGUGCAUCUAUUGCAUCCCUUGCCAGGGCCCUUCAAUCGUCCCUCCAGCACACCCUUCUUGCCCCCUUGCACGCAUAUCUCUCAUCCUAUGCAUCUCUUGCCCUCUGGGCAGCACCGGGUGAUCCCAAGUCCAUGCGCACGGCCAGUGACUUGCAUGUGCCUGUGUUUUCGCUUUCCCCCAGCGAGAUCGUGCAACGCGUUGCGGAGGGGCUACUAAAUCUCCCGCGGCUCUUUGAAGUGUAUGCGGACGACGAUGCACUGGGCUUCUCGCUCAACACACUCCCGAAUGUUGAUGAAGCAUAUUUGAGUGGUCUCGGCGAACAGAUGCAUGUGCAGUCACCUGAGCUUGGGCACAAUCGACGGGCUUCGCUUGUCUUGCCGCUCAAGCCGGUAGUGCUGAGCCCAGAGGCAGUUGCGGCAGCCUGGCUGUCCUCCCUCGGACAUUCUAUUCUAUCUUAUCUUACCAGCAACGUCCUACCGAAGAUCCGCACGCUCUCCGUCUCAGGCGCAGCACAGCUCUCAUCGGAUCUUGGGUAUAUGUCGAAUAUCGUUAGGGCACUCAAUGUUGAAUAUGAGGAACUGGAUAGGUGGAAAGAGUAUGUGGGGAUGAACGACGAGGAAGGAAAUCGAGUGGUCGGGGAGAAAAUACCUGGAGAUCAGGUGUUAGUUCUAGUGGCGAAGAUGAGAGGGUGGACGUGAUGAUAGUGAUUGCUGAAGGUCUUUUUGUGCAUUUUGUUCUAGCCAAACACAGGUUCGACUGAGUACAUUAUGAAUUACGGUGUCAUAGGAACCACUGUCUUCCUUCUAUUGGGUCUACCUACGGGAGACUAACGCUCGCGAAUUCUACGGCUUUUUCUUUUGGUCC